UAAAGCCACCUCACCUAGUCACAAACCAACUAAUUAGUUAAAACAUAUGCCCAACCAAACGUCCACUGACCUCCCUAGUUGUUAUUUACACCUUUCACUUGUUAAACUAGUGCAGGGGGUAUAAAAUCUCCUCAGCCCUCCCCCACAAGGUUCCCCCACUUUCCCCUCUCCCCAGCUGCAAAUCCCCCCAACGUCUCUCAUGGCGGCAGAACCUGUUGAGUACCAGGUUCUGGUGCUAAGGGUGUCCAUCCAUUGUGAAGGAUGCAAGAAGAAGGUGAAGAAAGUGCUCCAACAUGUUGAUGGCGUGUUCAGAUGCGACAUCGACGGCCGAAGAAACAGGGUCACGGUCACAGCCUCUAAAAAGAUCGACGCCGGCGUCCUCAUCGCGAGGCUGAACAAGUCUGGCAAGCAUGCUGAGCCAUGGCCCGAGGAGCCCAAACAAGAGCAACCUGCAGAGAGUCAAAGCCAAGAAACCAAGAACCAAGCCGAUGAUGCCAGCAAGCCUAACGAAGCCGCUGAGAAGUCCGCUCCCGAAGCCGCCGCAGAACCCAGUAGCGCCCAGCCUCCGGCGCCGGAACCCGAGAAGACCACCGAAGAGACCCCACCGCCGGCUGAAGAAAAGAAAGAGGCCGACGAAACCAAGACAGAGACAGCACAGCAACAACCCAGAGAGGAAACAGGGGAAGCCAAGCAGCACCAGCAGCAGCAGCAGCAUAAUCAUCAUGACAAGCCGAUCGACGCCAGGGUGACAAUGGUCUUCGACGACGUCCGCGGCAGAGGCGGCUACGGCUACGGGAGCCAAUACCAGAACUACAUGCCAACCACACGGCAGCCGCCGGUGCACGUCAUGAGCUACAACCAGGCGAGGCCGAUGCCGAGCGCGUCGUACUACGCCGCCGCACCGAUGCCGACGUCGGCGCCGGCGCCCAUGCCGAUGCCCAUGCCCAUGCCGAUGUCGAGGCCUGGGCCGUCCCAGGGAGGCUACAUAGACGAGUACGCGCCACCGAAUUACUACGGCCGGCCGGCGCCACCGUCGUACGAGCCUUACAGCUACUAUCCUGAAACCCAGCCGUCUCCUUACCGGCAUCAGCGUUCUGCGGACGAGGAUUACUACUACCGGGCGCCGUCGCUGCCGCCGCAGAGGAGCGCCUUCUCGCCGCCGCGGGACGCGUACGGCGACAUGUUCAACGACGAGAAUGCCAAUUCUUGCAGCGUGAUGUGAAGGGGAUCGAUGCGGCAGGUUUAGCUAGUUUACACUUAACUGAUGACCACUCCAUGUGUUAGCGACAAGAUUUUUCAGUAGUAGUAACCGAUGCAUUAGCAGAAUAAAACGAGCUGGGCUUGAUUCAUUAGAGGAAAAAUGAGAGGGGGUAAUGGCACAGCUCUGAUCGAUGUUCAUUGGAGCAAUUUUGUAAUAUAUGUGGCAUGAUCAAAUAUGAGGUGAACAUCUUUGUCGUGAA